AUGGCUAACUCCUGGGUUGACAAUUUUCCUGGCACGGCCAGACCAUUCUUAGAUGAGAUGGACGACACUUUAGGAUUCAACCUGUCUCGAACUAUAGCAAAUGGCCCAAAUUGCGAGCUAAACAAGACUGAGAAUUCCCAACCUGCUAUCAUGGCGACGUCCAUAUUAAUCCUUCGCAUAUUGGAGAAGGAAUUUGGUUUCGACACGAAAUCUCGUGUGAAUGUAACACUUGGACAUAGCUUGGGCGAGUUCUCUGCUCUAGUCGCUGGUGGCUAUCUUAAGUUCAGAGAUGCGCUAAGAUUGGUUCGCCGUCGGGCGGAGAUUAUGGCCGAAUGCACCCGUCAAGCCUCUAAACAAUCCGGAGAAGACUAUGGCAUGGUAGCUCUAAUCUUUAUGAUUGCCAACAUCAACUCCAAAAACCAAAUAGUAUUAAGUGGGAGCAUUCAUAGGAUCACGACUCUUCUCAUCCAGCUUCGCCAAUUUGGUGGCCACGACCCACGUGCUGUGAGGUUGAAGAGCGAAAGCCCGUUCCACAAUCCCAUCAUGGCGCCAGCUGCAGGGUACAUGAGACAUGAACUAGAACACAUCGACAUUGAAUUCCCCUCCCAGCUGCCGUGUAUAUCAAACGUCUCAGGUUUACCUUUUGAAUCAAGGGACGAUUUGAAAAACCUUUUGUCUAGACAGUGUGUUGAAACCGUUAAAUGGUGGGACAGUAUUCGCUAUCUUGACCAAGAUCGAGGAGUCAAAAGAUGGAUUGGCAUAGGGCCAGGCAAGGUCGGCAGAAAUCUGGUCGGCAAGGAAGUUGGCAAAAUCAACACCAAAGGAGGUGGCGUUUGGGCUCUUAGUGAUCCCCGAGAGCUGGAGAAUGUUUUGAUGGCGCUGCAAAACACUGAAAUUGACGUCUUAACCCAAUGA